AUGGAGGGCGAGCAGGGGGUGAGGGUGGGGCUGGUCACAUGUCCCCUCUUUCCGAAGCUCACGGGCGACGACCGCCUGCUGUACCGCGCCCUCGUUGAGGCCCUGCAGCCAGCUGCCGGUGGAGAACGCAAGCCGGCAGCGCCCACAACCGGCCAACGAGCCAAAUCGCGCCCCAGGGCAAAGGCGCCCAGCGAGGAUGAUCCGACCAGCGGACCGGUCCACAUCGUCCAGUGGAGCGACCCCGGAGUUGACUGGGCCAGCUUCCGCUUGUGCGUGAUCCGAUCGCCGUGGGACUACACCCAGCGGCAGGCCGAGUGGCUGGCCUGGCUGGACUCGACCGUCGAUCGGACACCACCCACCGGUGGCGGUCCAGUCUUCCUGCCCGACGCCGCCACGCUUCGGUGGAACGGGCACAAGCGAUACCUGCUCGACCUGGAGCGGCGCGGCAUCCCAGUGGUUCCCACCCGGCUCCUUGAACGGGGCCAGGACUUCGAGAAGGCGGCCGACGAGAUCGCCCGCAAGAACGAGUGGGGCUGCGAGUUCUUCAUCGUCAAGCCUGCCGUGGGCUCCUUCGGCAACGACGUCACCAUGAUCAAGUUGGGCGGCAGAGACGGUGAUAACGUGAAGGUGAUGAAGCGGAUGAACCAGCUGCUGAGCGGACAGGACCUGCUGAUUCAACCGUUCCUGGCAUCGGUGAAGACCAAGGGCGAGGUGUCGCUAAUCUUCAUCGAGAACGAGUUCGUGCACGCCAUCAAGAAAAAACCAACUCAGGGCGACUUUAAAAUAGAGCGACACGACGCGACGGAAGAGGAGCUGAAGCUGGGCCUCGUCCGCCAUCCACGCAUCCAUCGAAGCCAUCUACUCCCCGAACCGGUGCUCCACAGGAGCGCCACCAGUGGUACUGAUAACGAAGGCGUCGAAGAACAAAGCGGCGGCGAGGCCGAUGCCGUGCGAGCAGACCCGCGACCAGGCAAGGCGCGGCAUCAUCAGCCGGCCAAGGGCAAAGAGAAGACCCUCGGCGGCGGCGGCGGUGCCAAGGAAGAGAAGCGACCACCGAGGAGGACUAGUGGAGGUGGUGGAAGCGCAGGCGGCGGGGGCGAUGGACAUGCGGAGGGGCGGUUGCUCUUGGCUCGGGUCGACCUGCUGCGCGAGAACGCGGGGCGCUUGGUGGUGUCCGAGGUCGAGGCGCUGGACCCGGAGCUCUUCUUCCGCCUGUCCGACGCCUGCGCGCUGCGACUGGCCCAGGCCAUCGUCCACCGGCGCAGCCACCCUCGCCCCUAG